CAAAACCAUUCGCAUCUGGGGUUUAACUUUUAUUUAUUUAUUUUUCACACAUACCGUUUUCCUGGCUCCAAGUUCCUGUUUUGAUCCAACUUUUCUGUUUCUUGUGUCUGUUUCUUGGUUUUUCAAUGAAAUGGCAUGUGGGUUUUUGAUGGGGUUAUGAAUGUGUCGUGUUGCAAUGGCAUGUGACCGUGUGAGGUUAUGCGUUGGUGUUGUUUUUUGUGCGAUUGCAGUGGUUUACAGUGCCACAGAUACCAAUGACCUGAAAAUCUUACUUGAUUUCAAGAAGGGAUUGGAGAAUCCUGACCUGCUUGACUGGCCGGACAAUGGCGAUGAUCCUUGUGGGACUCCAUUAUGGCCGCAUGUCUUCUGCGAAGGGAAUAGAGUGUCCCAGAUUCAGGUUCAAAAUAUGGGUCUAAUGGGUCCUUUACCUCAAAACUUCAACCAGCUCACCAAGCUCUCCAAUCUGGGGCUUCAGAGGAACAGAUUCUAUGGUAAAUUGCCCACCUUUAGUGGUUUAUCGGAACUGGAAUUCGCAUUCUUGAAUGAAAAUGAAUUCGACACCAUCCCGUCUGAUUUUUUCGACGGACUAAGCAGUUUGCAGGUCUUGGCUCUGGAUAAGAAUCCCUUGAACGCAACUACAGGCUGGUCUAUUCCUAAGGAAUUGGCAAAUUCAGUUCAGUUGGUAAACAUUUCUAUGAUGCAGUGCAAUUUGGUUGGACCAAUACCUGAUUUUCUUGGGAAAUUACCUGGUAUUGUUGCUCUGCAACUCUCUUAUAACAAUUUGUCUGGCGAGAUUCCGGCGAGUUUUGGGGACUCAUUGAUGCAGAUUCUAUGGCUGAAUAAUCAAGAUGGUGGUGGGAUGAGUGGUACAAUUGAUGUCAUCUCAAAAAUGGAGACUUUAUCACAGCUUUGGCUCCACGGGAAUCAGUUUACAGGGACGAUUCCAGAGGAUAUUGGAAAUUUGGUUACUUUGAAAGAUCUCAACCUCAAUGAUAACAAACUUGUCGGUUUGGUUCCUGAGAGCUUGGCCAAGAUGGAGUUGGAUAAUUUGGUCUUGAACAAUAAUCUGCUGAUGGGUCCAAUUCCAAAGUUGAAGUCUGGUAAUUUCUCUUAUGCUUCCAACUUAUUUUGUCAAUCUGAACCUGGGAUUCCAUGUGCUCCAGAAGUUACUGCACUUUUGGAUUUUCUUGGUGGUCUGAAUUACCCUGUAAAUCUUGUUUCUCUAUGGUCUGGUAAUGAUCCUUGUGGGGGGCGUUGGAUGGGAUUGAGUUGCAAUCCACAGUCUAAGGUUUCUGUCAUUAACUUGCCUAGACAUAAUCUUAGCGGUACUCUUAGUCCUUCAGUUGCAAAGUUGGAUUCACUGACUCAAGUCAGGCUUGGGGGAAAUAGUAUACAUGGUACUGUUCCAAUGAAUUUUAUAGAAUUGGAAUCUCUAGUAUUAUUGGAUUUAAGUGGAAAUAAUCUGGAGCCUCCAUUACCGAAAUUUCAUGAUAGUGUCAAGGUUGUCACUGAAGGAAAUCCACUGUUGAGUGCUAAUCAGACCACUUUACCUCCUUCCCCUCCUAGCACUCCAUUACCUAUUCCUCCUCCUGCUGGCAGUCCUCCAACUUUAGUUCCAAUCUCCCCACCAAAAUCUCCACCGGACAGUGGUGGAGUAAAGUCACCAGCACCAAAAAGAGAACCCUCCCCUGGUAAGGAUUCUGAUUCUACUCCUGAUCAUGUGGAGGCCUCAUCUAAUGAUUCCAAAAUAUUCAAACUUCUAAUGGUGGUUGGAGUUACAAUUGUUUUUGUCUUGCUUCUUGUGUUAAUUUUGUCAUAUAUAUACUGCUGUAAGAAGAGGAAAAGCAGUCAGGCUCCUAAUGUCAAUGUGGUUCAUCCCAAAGACCCCUCUGAUUCUGAAAAUAAUGUUAAGAUAGCAGUUUCAGAUACAACCUCAGGAAGCUUGAAUGCUCAAAUCCCAAUAAGUUCUAGGAAUAGUUAUAGCAGUGCAACAACAAACUCUCAUGUUAUCCACUCUGGAAACUUGGUUAUAUCUGUUCAAGCUCUUCGCAAGGUAACCAAGGAUUUUGCCCAAGAAAAUGAGCUUGGCCGUGGUGGAUUUGGAACUGUUUACAAGGCUGAACUUGAAGAUGGAACAAAACUAGCUGUUAAGAGAAUGAAGAGCAGAGCAGUAAAUAAUAAAGCUGUGGAUGAAUUUAAGGCUGAAAUUGAUGUUCUCUCUAAGGUCCGGCACAGGCAUCUUGUAUCUCUUUGGGGAUACUGCAUUGAAGACAAUGAGAAUCUCCUGGUGUAUGAAUAUAUGCCUGAGGGUGCUCUAAGCAAGCAUUUAUUCCACUGGAAACACAUGAAUUUGAAACCUCUGUCUUGGACACAGAGACUCACCAUUGCAUUGGAUGUGGCUAGAGGAAUGGAGUAUCUGCAUGGACUGGCCCACGAAACUUUUAUACACAGAGAUCUCAAAUCUUCCAAUAUUCUCCUGGACAAUCAUUUUCGGGCAAAAGUUUCUGAUUUUGGAUUGGUGAAACUUGCACCUGGAAGAGGGAAGUCUAUUGUGACUAAGCUUGCCGGAACAUUUGGAUACCUAGCGCCUGAAUAUGCUGUAAUGGGGAAAAUCACAACUAAAGUUGAUGUCUUCAGCUAUGGAGUGGUGUUGAUGGAACUGUUGACUGGAUUGACAGUACUUGAUGAGGAGCGUCCUGUGGAGAGCCAUUACUUGGUUCAUUGGUUUUGGCGUACAAAAUCUAGCAUGGACAAGCUCAGGGAUGCUCUUGAUCUAGCUCUUGAACACGAAGUACUUGAGAGCGAAGAAACGUUAAAGACCAUCUCUAUCAUAGCUGAACUCGCUAUACAAUGCACAGCAAGGGAGCCUAACCACCGGCCUGAAAUGGGCCAUGUGGUGAAUGUGUUGGCACCACUGGUUGAGAAGUGGAAACCAAUUGAUCAUUCAUCUGAUGAGUCUUGUGCAGGCAUUGACAUCAACUACAACAUACCACUUCUCGAUAUGUUAAAGGGUUGGAAGGAAGUCGGAACCCAAAGCACCAUCUUUACUAGUGAUGACAGCACUGGUAGUAUCCCAGCAAGACCAGUUGGAUUUGCAGCCUCCUUCAACUCUUCUGAUGCCCGGUGAUGAGGGGUAAAUCUCCAUACAUGGAAGGAAUAAGUUGCUUAGAUGUGCGGCAACAAGCAAGUGUCCUAGUUUUUCCCAUAUUGUGUUUGUCAUUUCUUUAAUUAUGCAGUCUGCAAAUUUUAUUUUACUUUCUUUUGUAAAAGGAUUGCUAUCAAAGGGAUUUCUCGCAUGGAAGGCAGACAUGAAUCGUAAAUAAUAUAGCUGGGUUUCAUGU